CUUGUCAGUGAUCAGUCGUGGUGUUCAGUGGUUUUUUUUUUGGAGACAUUUUAAAGAGAUUUUUCAAUAUUGACUUAUUUGGAAUAAAGAAUCUUUUUGUGCACAAAAAUUGCUGACACAUUGUCAAUAGUUUAAAUUUAAACUUGAAUAAUUGAUUUUAUUUUCUGAAUAGCUUUUAAUUGAGUUAUUAUUUGUGUGUUGUGAAAGAAUACAGUUGUAUAGGAAGUGAUCUGGCCAUCUUGAAAAAGAUAUGUCGAGUGUGAACAGACGUCAACAGAAUAGUGUUUAUCUCGCGACACAUGCAUUGUAUAUUUCUUAAUAACGUUUCAAUUUAGUUUCGGUGCUAUAGGAAAUUGUGAUAUUUUCGCGUGUGAAUAAAAUAAAUAUUUUUUCGUGAUGUAUCGUGGUGACGGUCUUGUUCAACGACGUAGAGUAGUGAACAGUAGCUGUCCCGAUCAGGAUGGUUCCAAUGAAGCAGGAGGACAUCCUGAUAAGGUGUCAGGUCAUAAUAUGGAUGCAGACAGCUCCUCACAAAAUGACCUUAAUUCAAAUCCCACAAUUGAUGAGGAUUCUGACAAGGAAACUAGAUUGACACUUAUGGAAGAAGUUCUGCUAUUAGGGCUCAAAGAUAAGGAGGGAUACACGUCAUUCUGGAAUGAUUGUAUAAGCUCCGGUCUUCGUGGUUGCAUCUUAGCAGAACUUGGUCUUCGAGGUCGAGUUGAAUUAGAAAAAGCUGGAAUGCGAAAGAGAGGAUUACUAUCUCGGAAACUUGUCUUAAAAAAUAGUGAUCCAACUGGUGACGUUUUGCUAGAUGAAGCUUUGAAACACGUAAAAGAAACUGAUCCACCUGAAACUGUGCAGAGUUGGAUCGAGUAUCUUAGUGGCGAAACAUGGAACCCUCUGAAGUUGAAAUAUCAAUUAAAGAAUGUGAGGGAAAGGUUAGCAAAAAAUUUAGUAGAAAAAGGAGUUCUCACUACUGAAAAACAAAACUUUCUCCUUUUCGAUAUGACAACUCAUCCACUUACAGAUAAUCUCGCUAAAACGAGACUUGUUAAAAAGAUUCAAGAAGCAGUUUUAAGCCGCUGGGUGAAUGAUGCGUCUCGAAUGGAUCGACGAAUAUUACCAUUAAUUAUUUUAGCUCAUGCAGCAGAUGUACUUGAAAAUGCUUUUGCUCCAUUAUCGGAUGAUGAUUAUGAAGUGGCAAUGAAACGAGUACGAAGUUUGCUUGAUUUAGAUUUUGAAGCAGAAGCUGUAAAGAAUAAUGCAAAACCUGUUCUUUGGGCUGUGUUUGCUGCCUUUACCAAGUAACACUUUCUAGGAAUAUAAAAAAAAAAAAAAGAUUCAUCCAUUCUAUACUUAGGCUGAAAAAUGAAAAAGAAAAAAAAAACUUUUGGAUCGUCUGUCGAUGAUAUUGUUUACUACGAUUAAAGAAAAAAAAAAUAACGAUCGAAGUAAUCUGUAUUCCUGUAAAGAAAUUUUUAGAUUAGACGUCUUUUAAUUUUCUAAUUUAAGACAUUGUACUGAAUAGUCCCUCCCCGCCCGAUAUAUGAAUGAAUCAAUAAAUGGAUUGAAUUGCCUUCAAGGCACUGUUGCCAGCAAUCAAAAAAAAAAAAAAAAAUAGUAAAUGCAGAUGCAUAAAAGAGAAAAGAAAUCUGUAUAAAUAAAAAUUUACAGAUGGCACUGAAUGUCAUAGAGGUGAAAAAUAAUGAAAGUCAAAUUUAAACUUUUGAAAAAAUGCUUUAUCUCACACAAAAUCAAAAAACUGGCAAUCUUGCUUUUGAAAAAUUAUUCAAGUGUGACUGUGCCAUGAUAAAUUUCAAUUUCGAUCAGUUUUUAAGUUUUGCUGGAUUUUUAUUUUGUUCUUAUUUCUUUAUCGAUAGACGAAUGUUAAUAUGUUGGCUUUGUUAAAUGGCAAUUAUUAAAACGAGACAUCGAAUUAGAGAGAAGAAAAUAAUUUUUGUAUUCAACGAGGAAAAAGAAUGGACUUUUAAUAAUUUUAAAUUCAAUAUAAAAUAAUAAGUCAUUUUAAAAAUAUUUCGAAAAGAUCAUUUUUUGAAGCUCAAUGUUUUGUUUUAUAGCCUGAUAAAUGUAUUUCAAAAAUAAUUGAAGAAUUGAAAUUUCUCUUUUUUUUUUAUUAAAUAUAUAGUCCGUUUCUUCUCGCUUGAAUUAAAUGUAUAUACUUUAUUUAUAUGCCAUUAAUAUUUGUGUAUUAAACAAAUUUUUAAACAACUCAACUUUGGACAAUUGUAAAAUAUUAUUGAUGCUUAGAUUUAGCUUAUUAAAUAGACAUUGUUUAAUUCAAUGAAUUAUUAUUUUUUUUUUUUUGUUGUUCGUCAAUGAAAACCAUGUCAUUAUAAUAAAUAACAAUAUUCAAUUAAUUAAUCAGUCUUUUUUUUUCUCUUUAUUAUGAAUUGCAUUUACUUUGAUUUCAUUUGAAAAUUAUUUUUGAUGAUAAUAGUGCCAAAAUUUUUUUGAUUUUGUAUAGUAUAAAGAAUUUCAGAAAAUUUUAAUUCAUAACUGAUAAAUUAACUCAAUAAACAUUUGACAGUAUUUAUAGACAAUUUACCUAAUAAAUAGAUAUAAGUAUAUUGAAAUUUUGAAUUCUUACUGACUAGGCAUUUAUUUUAUAUUUAUUAAUAAGUGAUAAUUAAUUAAUUAAUAAAUGCUAAAGUCAGAUGAUUCGAUUUUUAUCGUAUUUUUCACAUAUCUUUAUUGAUAAAUUUUAUUGAAAGUCGAAUUGAAAUUUAGUGCAGGGCAUUAAAUUGUAAAUCUAAUUUACAAUAAGAAAUUAAAAAUUAACAUGGCCUUUGGCGAGUGACGAAAUAAAAAAAAAAUUUGUGUAAAAAGUGAGAAUUAGACUGGUCUGGUAACAUUUAUUUUAAAUCAUCGUUACUAUGAAUGUUAUUGUGUUUAAUAUAAAAAUAUAAUAAAUACUUUAAAUUCAUUAAAUAAUUAGAUAAAAUCUUUAAGAUCAAACGAAUAUCGUUUUAUAAUAUAUUAAGAUUAAGAAAUCUUAAUUCUGCAUUUAAGAUAACUUUGCCUAAGUAAAACUACAACUUUUUAUUCUUUAUUUAUUUUUUUUCUUAAAAGAACUGAUAAUACGAAAUCAAAAAAUUCAUUCAUUUUUUAAGUUGUAUUUUUUUCAAAGUCUUAUUCUCAUUUUCAUCUACACAAUAUUGAGAUAUUUUUUAAAAAAAUAGUAUUUUUUUUAGAUUUUCUGUUCAGUGUGAGCGUGUGAAAGAAAAAUGAAUUUUAUAUAAUAUAAUGUAUAGUUGUAGUUUAAAAUUUUUCUGUACAGUAUAAGAUAAAAAAAAAAAAGAAACAA